AUGCAGACCUGUAUUUGAAAUACAAAAGUGAACUGGAUGAUGAGAAUCAUGUCAGCAGAUCUCAGUUCUUCAAAAUUUGGGAACAGUACUUUCCACAUCUUAAAAUAAAGAAGACAAACUCGUUCUCCAAGUGUUCCACCUGCACAAAACUGGAAAAACAACUGGAAAAAACUGCAUGUGCCAUCACAAGAGCACAGAUCAAGCAGCGAAUAGAGGGUCACAAUCAAUUCCAGAUGAUGGAAAGAACCUACUACUAUGGGAAAAGGAGGAAAAGCCGACUGGAGCCUACAGCCUAUCUAUCUAUGAUAAUUGAUGGGAUGGAUCAGUCUGAAACAAACCUACCACAUUUCACUGGAAGACUUCCCAAGAACAUGAGGAUGGCGGAUCUGCUGAAAACCCAUGUUACUGGAGUCAUAAACCAUGAACACGGCGGUUUCCACACCUUUAUAGACCUCAACGAAUACCCUCACGAUCCGAACCUCACCAUAAAUGUCCUUCUUAAGAUGCUGAAAAUUACUGCUGUCAGUCAUGACAACACCUUACCGCCUACAUUUUUCAUACAGGCUGACAAUUGUGGACGAGAAAACAAAAAUCAUAUGGUAUUGGCCUUCUGUGAGCUUCUGGUAGCGAAAAACAUAUUUCAGGAGUACCCCCGUGAGAUUGCUCAGAUCAGUCGCCGUGAAAAAUGUCAGAUUGAUGACAAGUAA